AUGUUCGGUUUUAAAAAUAGUUUGACUCAAUCGGUGAUAUUUUUGUUGUGGAUUUUACAAAACUUUACAUCCGGAAGUGAAACACUUACAUGCAUAUUGACGUUUUUAAUAUAUAUAAAUUUAGUGUUAUGUGUGCUUAUGUAUGAUUAUGAUUACUGGGUGAACCGAGGUGUGUUCUCUCCCCCGGCUCUGCCUGUGGUAGGGCAUAUCGGAUCUGUGGUAGCUGGGAAAGAGCAAAAUGGAAUAUUCUUUAAAAGAAUUUACGACAAAUAUAAGGAUAAAAGGAUAUUAGGCGUUCACCAAUUCUAUCGUCGAACGCUCGUGGUCUGCGACCCUGAGCUCAUAAAGCGAAUGUGCGUGAAUGACUUCGCUCAUUUCACAGACAGAGGGUUCUUCUUCGAUAGGGAAGUGGACCCUCUGGCCGAGUCUGUGCUCUAUCUGCGAGGGAAUGAGUGGAAAAAACUAAGAGCUAAAAUAUCACCGAUAUUCUCACCUAUAAAAUUGAAGGGAAUGCUACCAAUAAUAGAGAACACAGCGAAGGAAUUCGUUCAGCGAAUACGAAAACUAUUAACGAAUGACAAAACGAAAGCUAAUACAGAAUCUAAUGAUAAUAAAAAUAACAAUAACGAUGAUAAUUCAACAGUGGUAGAUUCUGAAGAACUGGUUGGGAGGUAUACCGCCGAUGCAAUAGUACCUUGCGCCUUUGGAGUCAAGAGUCAUGUGAUGGAUAACCCUAAUGAUCCAUUUGCAGUUGCUCUUGGAGCCUUCUAUGAAUUAUCGUUUUAUAAUAUUUUUGAAAAAACGAUGCGACACUUAUGGCCGACGUUCGUGUUGUUCUUUAAAAUGCGAACGAUUCCAAAGAAAACUCAUGAUUUCUUUUACAACAUUGUGACGAACGUCAUCAAGGAUAGGAAAAAUGGUGUACAAGAAAAACGCGGCGAUUUCAUAGACAUGAUGAUGGCUCUAAGGUCAGAAGACAAGCCUGAACUUGAAGACAAGGAGAACGAUGUUAAGAUAACGGAUAUGAUAAUAGCAGCAAAUGCUUUUAUAAUAUUCCUCGGAGGUUACGAAACUACAUCCUCCACAUUAGCAUUUCUUUUCCUGGAACUGGCCUCUCAUCAAGACGUCCAAGAUAAGAUGAGGAUGGAGAUCAAGGAAGUAUACCAGAAGUAUGGUAAGAUGAGCUAUGAAAUGUUGCAGGAUUUGACGUAUAUGGAUAUGGUUAUACAAGAAAUACUGCGCCUCUAUCCUCCCUUCCCCACCAUACAACGGCUAUGUACUAAGGAUUACGAAAUCCCUGGAACUGAUGUGGUGCUUCAAAAGGAUACUAUCGUAGUGUUCCCUACGCUUGGUUUACAUAGAGAUGAAAAGUACUUUCCUGACGCGGAUUCAUUCCGUCCGUCCCGCUGGUCUGGUGGGGCUGAAGGUCGGCUCGCGGCUGGCGUGUAUUCACCUUUUGGGGACGGACCACGGUAUUGCGUUGGUAAAAGAUUCGCAUUAAAUCAGAUGAAGUGUUGUCUAGUUGAGCUGCUCUCACACCUGCGAGUUACACCAAACAAAGAGAGCGGAACAUUCGCCGAGCGAACCAAGCCCUUUGAAGUGAACAACCGAGCACCAAUGACCUUACACCCCGCUGAUUCUAAAAUAGCCAUCAGUUUAUUAUGAUAUGUGAUAAUUGUGUUUACUCGCAAAAGAAAAAAAAAAACCGACUUUGAUUUACAAGUAAUAUAACGUGGGUAGUUCGAAAAAAUAUUAUAUACUCAAAAAGAUAACUCAAAGAUUACUCGUAGUUGAUAAAAUUUAAAUGGAACCACGUGACAGGCACCAGCUUUCGAUUAAAAAUAGAAUCAUCAAAAUCAGUACUCAAGUAAAAAGUCAAAUUGAGAACAUACUUCUUGUUGAAGUCGGUUAAAAUAAAUAAAAGACCAAAAUGAGAGUUUUGCUAUUCUCCUAAGAUACGUUUAAAUAUCACUGUACCUAGAGAUGUUUUGUACGCUUAACUUGUGUUAAUUGUAUAAAUAAAUAAAAUUACCCGUAAUAAAUGA